AUGGAUUCCGUCCCAAAACGUCGCAAAUAUCAAGAGAUUGAUAUAAUUAGUAACUUACCGGACGAAAUCCGCUGUCACAUCCUCUCUUUUCUUCCAACCAAAUUCGCUGUCGGCACUACCAUCCUUUCCACAAAGUGGAGAAACUUACUGCCUUCCGUACCCAACCUAAAGCUCCAAUUACACGACUCGUUACUCCUCGACCCAAAAUCAAACUCCUCUACCCAAAUACAGAGCUUCGUAAAAUUUGCCGAUAAUCUACUCAAAGUCACCCUACGUAACGCCAUCUCAGUACAAUCGCUAGUCAUAUUAUGCAAAAAGCUCAACGACGCACGUCCUGUUGCCACCUGGAUUUCCUCUGCGUUGCUUCUCGGCAUUCAGAGAUUGGCUGUCCAAAUCAGCAGCCGGCUCAGGCACCCGUCCGCUUUGCUCUCCAGCCUUAACGGGUCCAAUCUUGGUGCGCUUUACCUGCGGGUCGAUCUCAGGCCUAAGCCCAACCCAAUUCCUUAUGGGCUCGUUUUCAGUUUCCCCAAACUAAAAGUCCUCGUUUUCCACUCCAUGGAUUUCAAUCUUGUUAACUCGGUUUUAUUGGGCUGCCCUGUGCUUGAGGUCUUAGUCGUGAACAACUGCACUCCUUCUUUCUUUCCGGGGGAAAUGCUUUCGAUACGUGUCCCUUCGCUUAAGGUUCUGUGGUUGUAUAAUAUGAUGAACGUUUUCUUUUGCGUGCUCGAGCUUAAUUCCCCUGGACUUUUGCACUUCUUUCAUUUUGGAUACAUGCCGAUUUUUUAUCGGGCUACGAAAAUGAGGUCCCUUUCCGUGGCCCGCCUGAGUCUUAACGAAAUCGGAGGUCAACGUCAGGUUAUAGGCGACGAGCAAGCGAUCGUGGCUAUUAACGCGUGCUCGGAUGUUGCGAGGAUACUGCUCACCGAAAAUUUCAUCUCGAUGUUGUACCGUUGCCCCCAACGAAUUCCGAGUUUUCCGAAGAUGGUUGACUUGGGAAUAGUUGGCAUGAAUCAUUCUAAUGGGUGGGAAGUUCUUCUGGGAUUUGUGGCUCGGGCGCCGAAUCUCAAGAAUAUUUAUGUGAAGGCGAACUUUCACGCUGAAGGGUACGAACGUUUCAAGGCUGCCUUGAAGGAAACAAUGACUGUUGUUGUUCGUAUGCACAAUCCUGAUAUGUUUCAGUUGAAGAUCGAAAGGAACGCGCAAAACGGAGAAAAUUGUGUGCGUAUAUGUGGUGGUGCAGUGGCGAACUGA